GUACGGAUUAAUUAUUAGGCAGCACAGAGAAUUGAAACCCAACCUGCAUCAUCGUCAUCUCAGAUACUGUUCCCUGUUGACUGAACCUAUCCCAUCUCUCUCAUCCUUUGUUGUCAUCUCUGAGAAAAGGGGUUUCUCUUCUUGUUUCAUUUAUUUUUCUUUUUUCCACCACUUUCUAAGGUGACCUUGGAACUGGUUUAAUUUGAAGACACUUAUUCCAUUUGACAUUAUAGGCCGUGUUCGAAUACUUCAUCCUCCAGUCAUGACUUGUUUCCCAUUCUCAUUUGGUAAGAAAGCACGAUUUGUGGCAAAACAUGAUCCAGAUAUUGAUGAAGUACUCUCAGGUAUUCAAAAUGUAAGGAUAUAUACCUACAAAGAACUAAAAGUUGCCUCUGACAAUUUCAGUCCAGCCAAUAAAAUUGGGGAGGGUGGAUUUGGUUCAGUUUAUAAGGGAUUGCUAAAAGACGGGAAAGUAGCUGCCAUAAAAGUACUUUCAGCAGAAUCAAGUCAAGGGGUAAAGGAAUUUGUGACAGAGAUUAAUAUGAUCUCAGAAAUAGAGCAUGAAAAUUUGGUUCAGCUAUAUGGUUGUUGUGUGGAAGGGAAUCAACGGAUUUUGGUCUACAAUUAUCUUGAGAACAAUAGCCUUGAACAAACCCUUCUGGGUUCAGGUCACAGUAAUAUCAUUUUUGAUUGGAAAACACGAUCUAGGAUUUGCAUUGGGAUUGCACGUGGGCUUGCUUAUCUUCAUGAAGAAGUAAGACCACAUAUUGUUCACAGAGAUAUAAAAGCAAGCAAUAUUCUCCUUGACAAAAACCUUACACCCAAAAUUUCAGAUUUUGGUCUUGCAAAGCUUAUUCCAUCAUACAUGACUCAUGUCAGCACACGUGUGGUGGGAACAAUAGGUUAUUUGGCUCCAGAGUAUGCAAUAAGAGGGCAGCUGACACGCAAAGCAGAUAUUUACAGCUUUGGUGUCCUCCUUGUGGAGAUAGUUAGUGGAAGAUGUCACACAAAUACACGAUUACCAAUAGGAGAGCAAUAUCUUUUAGAAACGACAUGGGAACUUUAUCAGAAAAGAGAAUUGGUAGGGCUGGUAGACAUGUCACUAGACGGCCAUUUCGAUGUCGAGGAGGCAUGUAAGUUUCUGAAAAUUGGACUUCUUUGCACUCAGGACACGUCGAAGCUCCGGCCAACCAUGUCAUCUGUGGUGAAGAUGCUCACUGGAGAAAACGAUAUUGAUGAAAGUAAGAUAACAAAGCCAAGCUUUAUUUCAGAUUUUAUGAAUCUUAAAAUCAGAGGAGAAAAAGGUGGUGAUAUUGAUACCAAGGUUUCAUCUUCCUACAAUGCAUCCUCUGCCUCAGACAGCCACAGCAAUACCAUGUCAUAUGCUGCAAGUACAACUACAACCACAACCUUCACCGGGAAAUAUGAUCAAAGUUUGUAAACAUUAGUAGUCAAUGAUUUUCCUUUUGAUUUGAAAUUGUUUUAUUUCAUUUUUAAGAGAUGUCCCUUGCCCAACGUAAAUUUGCUACGUUAUUAUGUUAAUAUUUUAUUUUGGGUACGAUGUCACGUGACUAGGAAGUUUUGCCGGAUGUGCACUGUCUUGUAAAUAUGGACCAUGGUUAUAAUCAAAUGAUGAAUCUGAAGAUCUUUGUUUUUUUAUAAGCCA